CAAUUUCAUUUAGUCUAUGCUAUUUGCCAGUCGGUCCGGCAGCCAUAUUUUGUUAUCUUUCCUAAAGUUCCUGUGGAUUUUCCUUUAAAAUGUUAAAAUCGGCUUCGGGAACGUUGGUGAAUGUCCUUAGGAGGUCUUUGGUGCCAGCCACUAAUGUUUGUGGAGUACUCCCUGCUAGAAGGUCUCACGGAGGCCCAGUUGAAUCAGAUGAAGACUUCGACAGAAGAUAUGAAGCUUUCUUCAACAGAAAAGACAUUGAUGGGUGGGAAAUCCGCAAGGGCAUGAAUGACCUCUGUGGUAUGGAUUUGGUGCCUGAUCCCAAGAUUAUCAUUGCUGCUAUGCAUGCUUGCAGACGGGUUAAUGACUAUGCCCUGGCUGUAAGGUUUAUUGAGGCCUGCAAAGACAAAUGUGGAUCCAAAGUAAAUGAGAUUUACCCAUACAUAAUCCAAGAAAUUAAGCCAGCACUUUCAGAGCUGGGAAUUGAAACUCCAGAGGAACUUGGCUAUGACAAGCCAGAAUUAGCUUUACAAAAUGUGUUUGACAUGUAAGGUUACUGCUUAUAAGAUGUAGAAAAUAUUGUAUAAUAGUUUUGCUGUUACCUUUUGUUUUUAUUUAAUUAUGUAAAACAAACAUCAGAGUAUUUCAAUUUCCCCAGAUAAAAUCAACUGGCUUGUCUAAUGUAUUAAACAUUAGAAAUAG